AUGAGCGACGCGAAGCGCAUCAAGCUUGAGGGUCGCGAGCGCCCCGUCAUUGUGACGCACUCAGGCACGUUCCAUGCCGACGAGGCGCUCGCCGUUCAUUUGCUCACAAAGCUGCCGGCCCUCGCUGACGCCGAGCUGGUCCGGACGCGCGACCCAGCCGAAAUCGCGAAGGGCACCGUCGUAGUCGAUGUCGGCGCAGAGUACCGCCCGUCUGCGCACCGCUACGACCACCACCAGCGCGGCUUCUUCGAGACGUUUGACGCCGAGCACAAGACGAAGCUGAGCAGCGCGGGUCUCGUGUGGAAGCACUUUGGCAAGGACAUUCUGGCGGCGCACAUGCAGUGCGCCGACAGCGACGAGCGCAUCCCGACACUGUACCGCAAGAUGUACGACGACUUUGUUGAGGCUAUUGAUGGCCACGACAACGGUAUCCCGCUGUACCCCGGCAUCAGCGACCCACCCGCCUACCGCUCACGCACGGAUUUGUCGUCGCGGAUCAGCUUCAUGAAUCCACGCUGGAACGAGACUUGGGACGACGCGGAUCUCCUUGCGCGCUUCCGCCGCGCGUCGAAGCUCGCGGGGACCGAGUUCUUCGAGCGCGUAGACGACGCCGUCGAGUCGUGGCUGCCGGCCCGCCAGCUCGUCGUGGACGCGCUGCGCGCGCGCACGUCGUUUGAGGGAGCUGAUCCGGCCGGCCGCAUCGUGCUGUUUGAGCGCGCCGUCGUGUGGAAGAGCCAUAUCUUUGAGCUGGAAGAAGAGCUCGGCAUCACCGAAAAGCCCCUGUAUGUCGUGUACCCCGACGAAGCGAACAAGUGGCGCGUGCAGGCCGUGCCUGUGAAUCCCGAGAGCUUCGAGAGCCGCCGCGCUCUGCCCGAGGCAUGGCGAGGCAUCCGUGACGAGCAGCUCAGCGAGCUCAGUGGGAUCCCGCAGUGCGUGUUUGUGCACCAGUCCGGCUUUAUCGGUGGCAAUCACACUCGCGAAGGUGCGCUGCGUAUGGCGACGCAGGCCCUCGCCUAG